AUGAAAUUCAUUGCUUUAAUCGUUUUCGCAUUCAUGUUUAUAUGCUCUAUUCAAGCACAAAAAAAUGGGUGCCCUGAAAUCUGUCCAGCAGUCCUUUCACCUGUUUGCGGUUUUAAUGGAAUAUGUUUUAAAGAAUUUGGUAACAGUUGCGAAUUGGAUGCAUCACCAUGCAUUGGAAGAGGACAUUUCCGACAAGUUGGUUUGGAGGAAUGUUCUAAGCCUGGAGUGCGUCUAUGUAACUAAGAUUAAUUUAUAUACAAGCAUUAUUUAAAUAU